CUGAUCACGGGAUUUUGAUGUCGGCAUCGCUGACAUCAUGCGACGCAGAGAGUUUUCAUCGGUUUUGCCUCUUCUUAGAAUCCUUGCACCUCAAAAAGAAAACCGAAAAAUUGCAAGCUGUUGAACACUUCUUGAAACGAUUUGAUGGCACCUGCGACCUCUUCCCACUGCUGAGGUUACUUUUGCCAGGCGUAGACCAUGAAUGUGGCGCAUAUGGCCUUAAAGAGUCGAACUUGGCAAAACUCUUUGGAGAGAUGCUUUCGUUACCGGAAGCGCAGAGGCAACGACUGUUGAAGUGGAAGGACCCAGCUCUACAAGAGGGAUAUCGUUGCGCUGCAGGGGACUUCGCGUCGGUGCUUUUCAGUGUGGUGGAGGGCCGCGCUCCAAAAGCUGCUUCCACGCUGACCUUGGGCGAUGUGAACCUGGCUUUGACGAAGAUCCACAAUGCGCCCGAUGCUACGGAGAAACGAAAUCAGUUGUUGGAGGUUGCCCGGAGAGCCUCUGCCACAGAGCAGAAAUGGAUUGCAAAAAUGAUCCUCAAAGAUCUGAAGGUGGGGAUUAGCCAUGAAAGCUUACUCAAGCGCUUCCACCCGGAUGCUAUGGAGUUGUACAACCGUUCCUCCAACCUCAAGCAGGUGUUGGACGAGAUCCGGUCGCAAUACGUUCGUGCAAAGGUGGAGCACACUGAGGAGGGCGCCAGGGGUGGUGCGGAGCCAGUGCAGCCUUCGCAACCGAGGGCAGGUCACGAUUCGAUCCUGUUUUCAAAGUUCAAACCGAUGCUGGCGCAACGCUUGAGAUUAGACAGUCUCAGCCAGAUCUUCGAUGGUUCCAAGACCUUCUCGGUGGAGCCCAAGUACGAUGGCGAGCGCAUCCUGGCACAUGUGGACGUGGAGGCAAAGCGAGUCGAGCUUUAUACCCGCAGCGCAAUUGACUACACUAGCGCCUACGCGCCCAGCAUGAGGCCAGUCUUUCUCCAAGGACUCCUUGGAAGACAGGCCGUUUUGGAUGGUGAGAUGUUGGCUUGGGAUGAGGAUGAGCAGGCUUUCAUUGCCUUUGGCAGCAAUCGUACUGUGGCUCAAAUGAACGACCAGCGGAAGCACUUGUGCUUUGUGGUCUUUGAUGUGCUGUUCUACAUGGACGCGGAGGGCCAGAGCUACGAUCUGCGGCAAACUCCCCUGAAGGCCAGGCAGGAUUUCUUGGCGAAGAUCGUUGUGCCAAAGGAACACUGGCUGGAGCUUGUGCCAGGACUUCCGAUGAGUAGUGCCGAGGAGGCCCAACGUCGUCUGGAGGGCGCCAUUGAGGCUCGCUUGGAAGGACUUGUACUGAAGGACAUGUCUUCCAAGUACUUCUUCAACGCGCGCAAGAGAGGUUGGUACAAGAUCAAACCCGAGUACGAUGGGCAAUCAGAGACUUUGGACCUAAUCGUCGUGGGUGCCUACUUCGGAGACACUGCCCGGCGGCGUGCCUUGCAAGGGCAGUCUACAGAUUUGGCAGACCACUGUUCUCAGUUUCUGCUCGCAGCGCUGCGUCACAGCUCAACCCCAGAGGCAUCAGUGGUUACCGUUUGCAGAGUUGGCACCGGUUUUAGUAUGGACCAGCUCAAGGAGAUGCGUGCUAAGUUGAGGCCACAUCUCAAGCGCUAUGACCCACAUCGUGUGCCCAGUUGGAUGGGGGGCUGGCGUGGAGGGCCCAAGUCCAAGCCGGAUGCGGUGUUGGAUUCUCCCUCUCACGGCUUCGUCAUGGAGGUCCGGGCAGCGGAGAUCGUCCCCUCUGAGGAGUACGAAUUUGGACACACUCUGCGCUUUCCUCGCGCUGUGAAAGCUUUUCGGGAUGACAAGGAGUGGAGUGAUGCCAAUACCGACAAGGACCUCCGUGAGUUCUUGGUGGAGGGCGCACGAAACGCCUUGACAGGGCGACGUGUGAAGGCCAAGGUCGAGGUGCAAAGUGAGGGUGAGGAUACUGAUGAAGGUGCAGGAAGCCCAAAGAAGCCGGCUGCGCGGCCGCGAGUGCUGAGGAAGCGAUCCUUUGGAGUCCUGGAGGGCUUCCGGCCGGCGGACACUGCGCAGGUGCCGGUGGCUUCCGAACUUUUGAAAGGUGCGGAAGUUUUUGUGGUCAACGGCGAUGCCCAGUACAGCAAGGCAGAUCUGGAAGCCUAUGUGGUGCGGCACGGUGGUCGCCAUGUACAGAAUUUCUUGCGGGGGCGCACCUCGCUGGUGGUGGCGGCCUCGUUGUCGGAUCUACGCACUCAAAACCUGGCAAAAACUGCGCAGGUGGACAUUGUCCUGUACACAUAUCUUUUCGAGUGUGAGACUGCUGGCAAGAUGCUUCCAUUGAAGCCCCGGCAUAUGCUAGCAACUAGCCCCGAGACCAAGGCGCAGUUGUCAUACGCAUUCGACCAAUGGGGCGAUGCCUUCUACGAGGAGGUGUCGGCUUCGGCCUUGAAGGCAGUCCUGGAGCGCAUCAGUGAUGUAAAUGCUGCUCAGGUGCCAGAGGACCUAGUGAAGACUCUGGAAGAACACCCAAAGCUGCAAGGCUCACGUCCGUGGGAAGCCGCGGAACGGAAAGCAGCAACUGCCUGAGAAAAAAACUGCGAGAAGUUCCAUGAAGUUCCUCAU